CGUUAUGGCCACGCCUACUGUAUAUAAAUUGAUAGGCGUGGGUGUAGACGCACCAUUUGACCGUUAAUUGAUGCGAAAAUGAGUCAAUGGGUGUUGUGCCUGGUGUGUGCGGUGGCCGUGACCGCUGUGGCCGUGGCCUUGCCCGCGGCCAAAGAGGAGAACGCAGUGCUGCCGAGAAGUUUCAAUGAGAUGGUAGAAGACAUCCAAAAUGAAGUGAUCAACUACAUCAAAAGCAAUGACAUGUCAGUGGAUAUGCCACUUAUCGGCUCAAUAGCAACAGUAGAUGCUAGAAAUUUGGACAACGACGAAGUGAGCUUGAAACUUAAUUUUGGAUCGGGAGAUGUCGGAGAAGCACGUAGGAGGACCAAGCACAAGAUCAAGAAAGCGCUGAUGCCCAUUGCUAUUUUCGUCAUCAUCAAAGCAAUGGUCCUGAUCCCCCUAGCCCUGGGUCUGCUCGGCUUUAAGGCUUUUAAUGCCAUGCAACUAGCAUUCAUUUCUUUUGUAUCUGCUGGAGCUUUAGCCAUUUGGAAAUUCUGCUCCAAGGUCAACAGCGACCAGCAGCCCCAGAUCGUACACGCCGCUUGGGACCCGCAUCACCUCCACACAGAUAGGACCGACUUGACCCAACAGUUGGCGUACAGUGCGUACGCGCCAUAUAGAUAGGAC